AUGGCACCCGCAGUUCUGACACAGCGCCCGAAAAUAUUGUUCUUGGACGCCUACGACUCCUUUUCCAAUAACAUAGUCGCGCUGGUCGAGCAAAAUUUGGACGCAGAAGUGAUCAAGGUCUUCAUUGACGACCCGAACCUCAUCAAGCCGACGGUUCCUGGCAGCCAUGCAGCCUUUACAGACUACCUAAAGAGCUAUGAUGGCGUUAUUGCGGGACCGGGUCCUGGCUGGGCCAAAUGCGACGAGGACGUUGGCUUGAUGAAGGAACUCUGGAAUCUUCAAGACGAGCAACUCAUCCCCGUGCUUGGCAUAUGCCUUGGGUUUCAAUCUAUGUGCCUUGCGUUUGGGGCUGACAUCCAACGACUGGAGGAACCGAGACACGGCAUUAUAACAAAGGUCCUGCACAACGGCCAGUCAGUCUUCAGAAGCGUGGAACUUCUACUAGCUACCCAAUAUCACUCACUACAAGUGAAGCUCGGUCAUCCUAUCCAAACCACGAGAGCUGUACGAUACCCCGCUCAACUAUGGGAGCCCACUGAGACCUGCCCUCAACUGGAGCCCCUUGCGUGGGACUUCGACAGCGAGAUCAACGGCGCUGUGCUCAUGGGCGCCAAACAUGUACAGAAACCCUUCUGGGGUGUUCAGUUCCACCCAGAGUCAAUUUGCACAAACGAGCAAGGCAAGCGCAUCAUCCAAAACUGGUGGGAAGAUUCUCAGUCAUGGAACCGGAAGCGCAUGUUCCGCAACGUCCCAAAGCAUAACUUGACUUCAACUCCGCAGUCUUCACCGAUGACGGUCGAUGAUUUUCGACGAGAGCUCGGCGUCCACAACAUCAAGAACAAGAGCAAAUACUCUAGCGCAGAUCUUGCAGAAAACCUCGACAGCGACACGAUAACGCCAUUCGAACUGGCUUCGCUGAUUGCACAUGGCGAUGGACAGUCGUUGCCGGAUUUGCCGCCGAGCAAAGUGCAUUGUCGAACCAUCGGAAGUGGAAGACUUACAAUUGCAGAUAUAUGUGAGUUAUUCGAGGUAUCAAGGACGGAGGCUAUAGUCCUUGAGUCCGGAUUGCAGUCGAACCUGGUACCCAUGGCUGUAGGAACUGGCAGAUACAGCAUCAUCGGAUUUGUCAUCCCCGAGGAAACCCUCCGUCUGCAUUACUAUGCAGGAGCACGCAGAAUGGAGCUCAGAGAUGGCGACGACCGAGUUCACACGGACUGGACUGUGGCCCACCCAUGGCCAUACAUCAGAGAAGUCAUGAAAAGCCUCCAGCCCACCGAGCCACCCGUUGCUUCAACAUGGGCACCUUUUUGGGGAGGUCUAAUGGGAUAUGCGUCGUACGAGGCUGGUCUGGAAACUAUCGAUGUUCACGGCCACGAAGAAGCUUCUUAUCCUGACAUCUGCUUUGCUUACAUCACGCGGAGUAUCGUCAUUGAUCACCAAAACAAGAAGAUCUAUGUCCAGAGCAUCCGUGGGUCUGAGGACCUGGAGUGGGUCGAGGACUCCAUAGACAUGUUGGAUGAGCUUGCGGGUGUAAAAUCCCGGGAAUCUACUCCUAGCUCCAUGGCCAUGUCACAGGCGGAUCCUUUCGAGGCACACGGCACGAUGCAUCAGUACAUCGACUCGUGCAAACAAGUCACAGCCAACGACAUGGAAUAUUGUGCCAAGGUUCGGGCCUGCCAGGACGCCAUAUCGGAUGGACAAAGUUAUGAACUCUGUCUUACUACUCGCAACGAGGUUCACGCCAUCAAGCCAAGUGCUUGCAGGAUAUCGUGGGCAGAGAACAAUGAGCAUUCUUGGAAUCUUUACAAGCGCUUAACAAGCCAAAAUCCCGCUCCCUUUAGCGCGUACAUGAGAAUGCAUAAUGUACAUGUACUGAGCUCCUCGCCAGAGAGGUACAUCAGCUGGGAUAGGUCGCAAAGUGCUCAAUGUCGUCCUAUCAAGGGUACGGUGCAAAAGAAGCCUGGUGUUACAGCAGAAAUGGCACAUGCAAUCCUAUCCUCGUCCAAGGAACGCGCUGAGAACCUGAUGAUUGUUGACUUGACACGUCAUCAAUUGCAUGGUGUUUACGGCUCCGACAGUGUCCGCGUAAGCCAACUUAUGGAGGUCGAAGAGUACGAGACCCUUUGGCAGCUGGUUUCCGUCGUCGAUGCCGUACCCCGUGGAAUCCACAAACCAACGACACCAGAGGGGUGGGAAGAACCUGCGGGAAGCACUUCAAAGCAACCCGAAAAACAGCCUGUCCCGUACCUGGGUUUCGAAGCAUUCGUCGAAGGCCUUCCAGCAGGAAGCAUGACUGGGGCUCCGAAGAAGCGCUCCUGCGAGAUUCUCCAGAAUAUCGAGAAGGGCGUAAGGCGAGGCAUUUAUUCUGGUGUUCUCGGCUACCUCGAUGUGGGGGGUGGUGGUGACUUUAGUGUCGUUAUACGAACUGCUAUCAAAAUCGACAAUGAUCAAAUUGACGAGAAGGAAGACCUCUGGCGCAUCGGUGCCGGAGGGGCGGUAACAAGCCAGAGUACUCCCAAGGGCGAGUACGAGGAGAUGGUGGCCAAAUUCGGUAGUACAAACCGAGCAUUCGCCCCUCUUCCACCACCGAAACCGAAGAAGAAAGGCAGAAGGGUUGAGAUCAUUGAGCCUGAUGACCCGGAGUUCGCUGAGCUGCUUGCAAGUAUGAGGGGUGGGGAGGAAUUGACGCUGGAUGAUGCGCAGAUCAUGUUGAGGGCUGUGGAAAGAGAGCUGAGGCGAAGGACUGCUGCUGGAGAAGUAGGAGAUGCCACAGAGGUAGAGUGAUUGCUUCUAUGGAAUUAGGGUGGGCGGAGUUAUUGAGUUUAACCUGAUACCACGCAUGAUAGACAUAGAGUUUUCUGGGUUCAACACCAAUGUCCAAA